AUACAUGUGUAGAAAUAUUAUGAAUGACAGGAUCGUAUCUACCGUCCAAGUACUCUUAUACCAUUCAUACAUCCUGAAAUUAACGUAAUUCAUCAUUAGAAUAUACCCACAAAGUAUCCCCAUUAUUUCCAAAUUUGAUACAUUACUGGUGUACGAAUACAUGAGUGAGUUCGACACUUAAGGUCGUGGAAAAUGGCUUUACUCGCAAGAAACAUUUGCAAAGUAUUUUCGCAGACUGCUCAAAAGGGAGCUGUGAGAAGUAUACAUGUUGGAGCUGUACGUCUGCAGGAAUCUGUAAUUGAACAAGAAGGAAGAAUAAAAUGUACCCUUAUACCAGGAGAUGGUGUAGGGCCAGAAUUAGUGGUUGCAGUUCAAAAUGUUUUCAAAGCUGUAAAUAUACCAGUUGAAUUUGAACCUUACUUCCUCUCUGAAGUAAAUCCAACUUUGAGUGCACCACUUGAGCAAGUAUCUAAUAGUAUUGCUAGAAAUCAAGUAUGCUUAAAGGGUAUUUUAGCAACACCAGAUCAUUCCCAUACUGGAGAACUUCAAACAUUGAACAUGAAAUUACGUAAAAGUCUAGAUUUAUAUUCAAAUGUUGUUCAUGUGAAAUCAUUGCCUGGUGUUAAAUGCCGCCAUAAAAAUGUAGAUUGCAUUAUCAUCAGAGAACAAACAGAAGGAGAGUAUUCUGCUCUAGAGCAUGAAUCUGUGAGGGGUGUAGUAGAAUGUUUGAAAAUAGUAACAGCAACUAAGAGUCAAAGGAUUGCAAAGUUUGCAUUUGAUUAUGCAGUGAAACAUAAUCGCAAGAAGGUUACUUGUGUCCACAAAGCCAACAUCAUGAAACUUGGUGAUGGUCUUUUCUUAAAAUCAUGCCAAGAAAUUGCAAAACUGUAUCCUAGGGUUACAUUUGAAACAAUGAUUGUAGACAAUUGUACAAUGCAAAUGGUGUCUAAUCCACACCAGUUUGAUGUAAUGGUAUUACCAAAUUUAUAUGGUAAUAUUGUAGACAAUCUUGCAUCUGGAUUGGUUGGUGGUGCAGGUGUAGUUGCAGGCGCUAGCUACAGUCCUGAGUGUGUCGUUUUUGAACCGGGUGCAAGACACACAUAUUCAGAGGCUGUAGGUAAGAAUGUAGCAAACCCUACUGCUAUGCUUUUGUGUGCUGUAAAACUUCUUCGUCACGUGAAUUUGAAGCGUUAUGCUGAACAAGUCAAAGAUGCGUUAAAUCGCGUUCUGAAUGACGGAAAAGUUUUAACAAAGGAUUUAGGUGGACAGAGUUCUACAACAGAAUUCACAACAGCUGUGAUACAUUGUCUUCGUUAAUGUUUGUAUGAUUUCUGUUAAUUUUAAAAAAACUUAUGUAACAUAGAAUGAUAUAGAAAUGAAGUACUGUGUUCAUUUUACAUUGUCAGGAAUCUUAAAGAUGGCCAUGUCGAAUUGCAUAAUGUUAUCUCAUUACAGACUGUACCUAACUUAUCUAUUUUGAAUUUAAAUUUUAUUUAAAAGUAUUAUAUUCUGUGAGUAGAAAUAUUUAUGGUGUCUUGUGUAACACGGUAUUUCGAAUUACAAAAGUGUAAUGACACUUUAUCAAUUGUACAAUAAUAGCAAAAUACUCGGACGGUUAAUAAAUUAUACUAUCUCGUA